AUGGACGUUGGAGACAGCCCUGUCACAGACCGGACCCAUCUCACCUAUUUGAACGUCGCGCUAGGCUUAUCUUUCAUCGCGUUUAACUCGUUCUUGUCCUACAAUUUUCGGCUGGGGGUUGGGAGUGCACUCUUCACCGCCGCGCUAAGAUGUAUCAUCCAACUGGCUAUCAUGAGUCUGCUAUUGAAGCAGAUAUUCGAGACGAAUAAUCCUUGGGCAGUUGCCGGCUUAGCUUGUCUGCUCAACGUCCUGGGUACCACCGAGACAGUUAUAAAUAAGUCGAAGAGGCGAUUUGAACAUAUGUUCCCCUCCGUCCUGAUUUCGAUGAUGGGUGCGACCGUCCCGGUAUCAUUGAUUGGCUCGCGUUUCGCCAUGGGCAUAACGCCUUUCUGGACACCAGACCAGUAUGUGCCGAUCAUCGGUAUGCUCUGUGGAGGCACUGUCUCAGGUAUCAACGUAGCUGUGUCUUAUGCGUUGAAGGAGCUUCACGAAAACAAGGAUAAGGUUGAAGUUUACCUUGCCUUUGGCGCAUCCAGGUUCGAGGCCUCCAAGCCCAUUGUCAGGGAAGCCCUUAGGCUCGCGCUAACGCCGAACAUCAACCAGCUGAGCGUUAUCGGAAUGAUAUCAAUCCCUGGGAUGAUGACCGGCGCCAUUCUCGGCGGGUCCUCCGUAGAGCAAGCCGCCAAGCUCCAAAUGGUCAUCAUGUUCAUGAUCUCCUCUUGCACCGCGCUCUCCUCCAUCGUCUCCUCAUGCCUCGCCAUGACUGUCAUGAUCGACGGCGAGCACCGCAUCCGCUCGGACAGGAUGGACACGCGCCCCCAUGCGGUCUGGCGCGCGCGCAAGUGGCUGAGCGGAAAGGGGAAGGAGACGGUGGCGAUGGAGGAGAUGAAUGGGGAGGACCGGGUGGGUCUCUUGCCGGGUGGGAAUGGUGGGCGCACUAUGAAUGGCCGUGGAGGGUAUUUCCUUGUACCCAGUGCGUGAGCACGUGUUGCUUAACCCUGGGCAUUAUGACAGUUUCAGUCGGCCUUUAUCAACCACAUCCAUGUGGAGAGGCUUGAGCGCCUGAGCGCCUGAACGCAGACCGCUUUGGUUCAAGAGAUUUUCAAGUUUUCGAGGGAGAUAUAAUUCACCGUGUUUCCUAUUGUCUAGAUUAAAAGUCUGGCGAGGUCGUGUAGGAUACACAUCGG